AUGGAUGAGCUAAGAAUUGUUUUGUUGGGUAAGCAAGGAGCAGGGAAGAGCGCUUCAGGAAACACUCUUCUGUGUAAACAAUUAUUUAACACAGCAGCCAGCUCAGAGCGAGUCACUCAAGCUUGUUCGAGUCACUCCAGCAUGUCCAUUGAGGGCAAACCAACGAUCAAAGUGAUUGACACCCCUGGAUGGUGUGACUCUUCUCAAUCUGAGAAUGAUAUCAAGCAGGAAAUCAUCAAGUGCAUCCAUGUGUCAAGUCCUGGGCCACAUGUGUUCCUCCUAGUGCUGCUCAUUGGCAGAUUUACCAACGAAGAGAUAAACACAAUCAUGAACAUCCUGAAGGAGUUUGGGGAUGAAGUCACCAAAUACAUGAUUGUGCUGUUCACUAAAGGGGAUGACCUGGAAGAGAAGCCCAUUGAAGACUACCUGAAGGAAGUCCACUCAGACUUGAAGAAAAUUAUUCAGUUAUGUGGUGGAAGAUAUCACGUCUUCAACAAUAGAGACAAAAAGAAUAACAAUCAGGUUUCUUCUCUUCUGGAGAAGAUCCAUAAGAUGGUAGAGAGUAAUGAGGAAAAAUAUUACACAACAACUAUGUAUCAAAAAGGGAAGAGGAUGAUAAAACAACAAAAAACAGUUAUGGUGCCGAUGGAAAUAGAAAUGUUGAC